CUGGAGGGACGCAGUUUUGGACUAGUGACGUGACGUAGGUCCCUCUGAUUGGGCGACCGGCUGAUAUACCUGACCAAUGAGUGACGAGUUGAUCUCUAUAUAAACCCCGGGCUGUCUCUCUCCGAAGGUAUUCCGCUUUAGCAUUCCUAAACUGAAACCACUACGUGAAAAUGUCUGGACGAGGCAAAACCGGCGGAAAGGUCAGAGCCAAGGCAAAGACCCGCUCAUCCCGUGCUGGACUCCAAUUCCCUGUGGGUCGUGUCCACAGACAUCUGAGGAAGGGUAACUACGCUCAGCGUGUUGGUGCCGGAGCGCCGGUGUACCUGGCGGCGGUGCUGGAGUAUCUGACCGCUGAGAUCCUGGAGCUGGCUGGAAACGCCGCCCGUGACAACAAGAAGACCAGAAUCAUCCCCCGCCAUCUGCAGCUCGCCGUCCGCAACGAUGAGGAGUUGAACAAGCUGCUGGGCGGCGUGACCAUCGCUCAGGGUGGUGUGUUGCCCAACAUCCAGGCCGUCCUGCUGCCCAAGAAAACCGAGAAGGCCGCCAAGAAGUAAAUCUCCAUACCGGUCACAACUACCCCAACGGCUCUUUUAAGAGCCACCCACUCCUCUCAAAGAGAUCAUUCCUGAUGAAAAUGCAAACAAACUGACUUAUGAAGAUCAAAUGCAUUACACCUAGAGGGUCUUUGUUAUUUUAUUUAUUAAACAUUUCAUCAUAUAUCCUGGUCUCAUAGAGGCACUAACAUUGUCUCUGUUCUCAGAGGCCCCACCUGUGAAACGUGGUUGAAUAGUUCCUCACAGUAUCUGUAUGUUAGACAUCUUAACUAUACUAUUUCAGUCAAUGGAGUCUAAUGGAACAGUAUAUAAGAGGUCUAUCAGAGACCCUAAACAAAUGACUUGCUAAGUAAAUGUCAUUAAAUGCAGCUAAUAUAAUAUUAAAAUUAAAUGGCCAUAUUAAUGUGACAUAACUUGAUAUUUCUGUAUCUUUGUAUUAUUACACUUUUUAUUUACUCUUCUGCUUAAUUUUCCCAUUUAUUUAUUUCUAUUUAACCUCUUAGCAUUUUUUUUUUUCAUCUGUUUUAUAUUUGUUUGUGCAUUUAUGUAUGCACAAUUUUUCCCUUUUGCAUUUCCCCCGUUAUUUAUGUCCCCAAACUUAUUUAUUUCUGUAUUUUCUUUAUAUAUUUGUUUUAAAAAAAAUGUGCAUCUCUGCUUCAUUGUGCUACAUUUAUUCUAAUAUUAUUUUUGCUGCAUUUAAAGACAAUUUACUUAUCGAGUCAUUUAUUUUUAUUCAACAUAAACGUCAGUAAUAUAUCUAAGAUAACAUAUUGUUGAUAGCUCAUAUUGCAUAAACACCUGAAUUAUAUUUUAGUUUCAAAGAACAUUAUUUACUAUUAUUAUGACAGCAGGAGGUCUCCGUAUGGGUAAAGGAAGGUAAAGUGAUCGAAUAGUUUUGAGUUGGUAAGGUGUAAACUUGAUGACACUCUCUUCUUACAAGCUUACUUGUAAGCCUACUCUUGUACUUUUUUAUUCACACAUUAGUGCAUUAAUUUAGGAAAUAUAACAUUUUCUGAGUACUGUGUUUUGAGCAGCAGCAAAUUUUCAGUUAUUUGUAUAUAUUUAAACUGUUUAAAGUGUUUAAGUUUGAGUUUUAUUUAUUUACACAGAUGUUUAAGUAUGAUUUCAUAUGUUCUGUUACAUUAACAUUAAAUAAUAUGUGAUAUUAAUAGAACCCCAAUAAAUUCGAACUGAAUAUUGACAUCUGUUCAUGAAGAUGAAUAAUAGACGAAUAUCUGGAUGAUUAAAUCUGUGAAUCUUGCACAUAUUUGGUAAACAUCGGUAUCAUAAAUUGUAAGAAGCUGAGGUUUUAUAAUAAUUAAAGAAGCAGAAAGGGUGCAAGAAUUUGAUAUUUCUCAUUUCUAACAAAAAGUGUGACUGUUUACUGGUGAGUUUGUAUCAUAAUUAAUAAAAAAUGAUGAAAUAAGA